CUGUUUCUAUCAUCCUCGGGCUGAACGUUUGCUUUUGGAAUCUAAACACUGAACGCGUGUUCAGUUUGCAGCAUUUUGGCUCUCCUCGUGCCAGGAUGCUCAGUUGCUUAGGUUAUGUAUAUUUUGUGUGAAGUGAGCACAACAUGGAGAGAUGGCGUGCCUCAGAUGCCAGAAGAGCUAUGCAAGCUUGCUGUUGAAAGCACGCUUCCCGUUUGUCAGGGCUUUGUGAUGGCAGACCUGGUGACACAGUAGCCUUUAGGCAGAGCUCCGCUGGAUGUGCAGGAAGUGCUGCUACAGGUUUGUCCGGGGGGAAACACAAGCCAUUUCUCUGUGGACAGCUGCCUUUCAAAGUCUGGACAAGUUGCUGCUCAAUUUUGCACGGGCUGCCAGAAUUUUGUGGGAGUAUAAUACUUUGUCAUUAUGAGAUGUCGUCUCUCGGUACCUCCUUUGUGCAAAUUAAAUUUGAUGACUUGCAGUUUUUUGAAAACUGCGGUGGAGGAAGUUUUGGGAGUGUGUAUCGAGCCAAAUGGAUAUCACAGGACAAGGAGGUGGCUGUAAAGAAGCUACUCAAAAUAGAGAAAGAGGCAGAAAUACUCAGUGUCCUCAGUCACAGAAACAUCAUCCAGUUUUAUGGAGUAAUUCUUGAACCUCCCAACUAUGGUAUCGUCACAGAAUAUGCUUCUCUGGGAUCACUCUAUGAUUACAUUAACAGUAAUAGAAGUGAAGAGAUGGACAUGGAUCACAUUAUGACCUGGGCCACUGAUGUAGCCAAAGGAAUGCACUAUUUACAUAUGGAGGCUCCUGUCAAGGUGAUUCACAGAGAUCUCAAGUCAAGAAAUGUUGUUAUAGCUGCUGAUGGGGUAUUGAAGAUCUGUGAUUUUGGCGCCUCUCGGUUCCAUAACCAUACAACGCACAUGUCCUUGGUUGGAACUUUCCCUUGGAUGGCUCCAGAAGUUAUCCAGAGUCUCCCUGUGUCUGAAACUUGUGACACAUAUUCCUAUGGUGUGGUUCUCUGGGAGAUGCUAACAAGGGAGGUCCCCUUUAAAGGUUUGGAAGGAUUACAAGUAGCUUGGCUUGUAGUGGAAAAAAACGAGAGAUUAACCAUUCCAAGCAGUUGCCCGAGAAGCUUUGCUGAACUGUUGCGCCAGUGUUGGGAAGCUGAUGCCAAGAAACGGCCAUCUUUCAAGCAGAUCAUUUCGAUUCUGGAGUCUAUGUCAAAUGACACUAAGCUUUCUGACCAGUGUAACUCCUUCUUGCACAACAAGGCAGAGUGGAGGUGCGAAAUUGAAGCAACUCUUGAGAGGCUGAAGAAACUAGAGCGGGAUCUCAGCUUUAAAGAGCAGGAGCUCAAAGAGCGAGAGAGACGCCUGAAGAUGUGGGAGCAAAAGCUGACGGAGCAGUCCAACACCCCGCUGCUGCCUUCUUUUGAGAUUGGCUCAUGGACUGAAGAUGACGUGUAUUUUUGGGUUCAGCAGCUCGUCAGAAAAGGUGACUCUUCAGCAGAGAUGAGCGUAUAUGCAAGCUUGUUUAAGGAAAACAACAUUACAGGAAAGCGACUGCUUCUUCUGGAGGAAGAAGACUUGAAAGACAUGGGCAUUGUCUCCAAGGGGCACAUCAUUCAUUUAAAGUUAGCCAUUGAGAAAUUAACCUAUGAUUACCUAAACCUGUUUCACUUCCCACCACUAAUUAAGGACUCAGGAGGUGAACCUGAAGAAAAUGAGGAAAAAAUAGUGAACCUUGAACUCGUUUUUGGUUUUCACUUGAAACCAGGAACUGGCCCACAGGAUUGUAAGUGGAAAAUGUAUAUGGAGAUGGAUGGGGAUGAAGUUGCAAUAACCUACAUCAAAGAUGUGACAUUCAACACUAACCUACCUGAUGUGGAGAUGUUAAAGAUGACAAAGCCCCCAUUUGUAAUGGAGAGGUGGAUUGUAGGAAUAAUGGAAGAUCAGACUGUAGAAUGCACUGUCACAUACGAGAGUGAUGUUAGAGCUCCAAAAAGCACUAAACAUGUCCAUUCAAUUCAGUGGAGUAGAACGAAACCUCAGGAUGAAGUGAAAGCCGUCCAACUUGCCAUUCAGACGUUGUUCCUCAACUCAGAGGGCAACCCUCGGAGCAGGUCUGACUCAAGUGCUGAUUGCCAGUGGUUGGAUACUCUCAGGAUGCGACAGAUUGCAUCCAACACCUCUUUACAGCGCUCCCAGAGCAAUCCUAUCCUGGGGUCGCAAUUCUUCCCAUACUUCAACGACCAGGAUUCCUACGCUGCUGCUGUGAGGCGGACCCCGGUGCCCAUUAAGUAUCAACAGAUUACACCUAUAAACCAAUCCAGAAGCUCCUCUCCUACUCAGUACGGACUGACCAAAAACUUCUCUUCCCUACAUCUCAACUCCAGGGACAGUGGCUUUUCCAGUCUCACUACUGACAACUCUUCAGAGAGGGGUCGAUACUCAGGUCGAAACAGGGACAAAUACGGUCGUGGUAGUGUCUCACUCAAUUCUUCUCCUAGAGGAAGAUACUGUGGAAAAAGUCAGCAUUCCACUCCUUCAAGAGAAAGAUAUUCUGGAAAAUUCUACAGGGUUUCUCAGUCAGCACUCAAUAGUUACCAGUCACCUGACUUCAAGAGAAGCCCGAAUGACCGCCAUCAACCCAGGACCAUACCAGGAAUGCCUUUGCACACUGACACUAACUCAAGAGCCAGUGAAGAGGAGAGCAAAGGCAGCGAAGGAGGAUGGACCAAAGUGGAAUACCGUAAGAAGCCCCACAGGCCCUCUCCUGCCAAGACCAACCGAGAAAGAGCCAGAGGGAACUACCGUGGAAGGAGGACCGUUUGAGAAAUUGAACUAGAUGACUUUUUCUAAGCAGGCUUUUGUGUUUUUUUUAAUGCAGUGAAUUUUGACAGUAUGAUGCCUUCAGAAAGAAUUAACAGGACAACUUUUCUAUUUUUGGAUUUUGGGAAUACCUUUUAAUUGAGACUUCAGCCAAACCAGGGCCAAAAUUAUGGAUGUUGGUUGCCCAAUGAUGGUAACUGGACUUCAACAUAAGUAUCCAUAUUUCCCCCCCUGAAUUAACGUUUUUAGAGGAGGGGAUAUGCCAUCUUUUUACCCUAACCGCUGACGUUCUGGUUAGCAGGGCCUGGACGAGGGUGAGGUGAUGUGGAGCAUGUGUUUUGGGUACAAAAUGUAAGGGGGCACCAAAACCCUCAGUAAUCAAGGUAAAUAAUAUUCUAAUGCAAUAUUUAAAUAAAUGAAAAUUAAUGCAAAAGAUUUUGUGAUAAACAAAAAAUCAAAAUUCUCGAUAAAGACAGGAUCAAUGUUACUGAUUUUUCUUUUUGCCUAAAGCUUCACUAUGGCUUGGCAAGGCACUGUUACUGAUCCUGUCUUUAUUUAAAAUUUUAAUAUUUUGUUCGUCAUAAAUUUUUGCAUUGAUUUUCUCUUUUAAAAUAUUGCAUUAAGGGGC